AUGCCCGACGUGCCGAAAUAUGAUGGGACUUCUGACCCUCAGGAGCAUAUCACCACUUAUAUAACGGCGGUGAAGGGAAACGAUUUAGCUCCCCACGAGAUCAAAUCAGUUUUGUUGAAAACUUUCGAAGAGACUCUCACGAGGGGAGCCCCGAAGUGGUAUUCGUUGUUGCCCGAGCAUUCCAUAGACUACUUCAAGAUGCUUGCAGAUUCUUUCAUUGAGGCCCAUGCCAGAGCUAGAAAUGUGCAGGCCCGGAAGACCGAUAUAUUUAGGAUUACACAAGGAGAGCCCGAGUUGCUACGAGAAUUUAUAACCCGGUUCCAGGAGAAAAGGAUGUUGCUCCCGGCCGUUCCGGAUGAAUGGGCAGCUGAAGCAUUCACCAAGGGUUUGAAUCUGAGAAGUUUCGAUGCUUCCCGAAAAUUGAAAGAAAGCUUGCUCGAGUUCCAAGCGACGACUUGGGCAGAUCUCGGCUUCCCAGCGUCGGUUAAAGGUCGAGAGAAGAGUAAAGAGAAAUCAAAUGACGAUUUCGACACAGAUAGACGGUCUUCGAGGAACCAAUUUUUGCCCAAUGAACAGGCCAAAGGACGUGGCAGAGGCUUCCAGUCAGUAGACAGGUUCAUUACCAAUAGAAGAGCUGAUCGCGGCCGGAACAAGAGGUCAUUACAAGAUAAGGAAACAUCAGAGCUGGCGACACUGUUGGAAAAUGGCCAUCUCAGGGAAUUCUUAAAUGACUGGGCCAAAAAUGAUUACGGUCAAAAUCGUGACAACACAGAGCCCUCAAAAGCAGGAGAAAAUCCCCCGCGCCUCACGAUCAACAUGAUUUUUGGGGGCAACGAGAUUAACGGGGUUACCUUCUCGGCGGCAAAAAAGAUGAAGGUAUCAGUAACCCACAGUAAGAGACUCCGGGAAGUCGCUGAAGGCGACAUCACUUUCACGGAGGGAAGACGUAGAUGGAUUGUUGUUGUCGCACAACAACGCAUUAGCAGUUCGGCCAAUAUUAUACAACGGAGGUUAUUGGAACAAUCCAAAUAUACCAGAAGCAUCGUUCCGACCACAAAACUCCUCGUCGGGUUCAACCUAGCAAACGUGACAACCCGAGGAGAGAUUCUGCUGCCCACAAACACCGAGGAAGUGAUGAAGAAGACCCUUUUCGAGGUGGUGGAUGGUGAUAUGGGCUACAAUAUUAUCCUGGGAAGACCAUGGUUAUACGAGAUGAAAGUUGUACCAUCAACGUAUCACCAAUUGUUGAAAUUCCAAACUCCGGGGCUGGGGGGAAUUAAACAGAUAAAAUGUGAUCAACCAGUGGCAAGGGAGAUGAAUGUGAUUUCUGUAUCCAGUAGCAAAGGGAAGGAGCAUACUGCAUAG